AUGUCGAACAUGAGAGCCCAAACGCUCUGGUCGUCGCUACGGCCGCUCGUAUCAGCGCCUCCGACCAGUAUAUUCAGCAGCCAAAUACGAUGCCUGCACAAAACACGACCUCCUCCCACGAUCCCCCGCCCCCGGCCGUUUGUCCCCGAUGCCGAGACGUUCCUCAAGCUCAUCGGCCGCGGCCUGAGCCGGCACGCGAGCAAGUUCCCCUCCUGGGAGGCGCUCUUCACCAUGACCUCGCCGCAGCUCAAGGAGCUCGGCGUGGAGCCGCCGCGCGCGCGCCGCUAUCUGCUUCAGUGGAUGCAGCGCUACCGCAAGGGCGUCGUGGGGCCCGGCGGUGACUUUCAGUUUGUGCACGACGGCGAGGCGCACCUCCGCAUCGCGACGCCGCCAUCGGGCGCGGCGACAGACGCGCGCUGGGUCGUCAACGUGCCGCACGGCGAGGACAGCGCGCCUGAGACGUACCCCCGGCCCAAGGGCUACUCGGUGCGCGGCCUCAAGACGAUUGCGGGCAGCUACGCCACUGAGUUGCCGGGCAAGGGUGGCGCCGUGGUCAAGAUUACGGAAGGCAUGUGGGAGAAGAAACAGGGGAGGAAGAUUGAUGGCGGCGAGCGCAGAAGGGCGGAGACGCGCUUCAAGAGGCGCAAGCUGGAGCGUCGCGCGGAGCGUGAGGCCGAUUUGAUGAAGCACCUGUAA